AGCGCGGCACGGAUCGGACGGCUUCUUAGCUCACUGCUCUGGCCAAAGGGCUGGGAGGGAGGCUACCGGGGAACACACACGCCAGGCAGGGAGGGCGCGCAGAAAUUGGUACGCACGUAGUCCUGCCGGUCCAGAGGCAAGGAUAGAGACCUGGCACCCGAGUCUCCACAGACUCCCCUCCCGCUGGGUCUGCCCUCCUUCCUCUCUUCCAUUGCUGCAAGUUUCAAGCAGCCUUCGCUGGCAAUCGGGACCCGGGGCGUUCUCAUCACCACCCCCCACCCACUAGGCAUUUGGUGUGUUCGGAAACCUCGGGCAGAACCCAGCCACAAAUUUUUCUCGCUUACGAUGCCGGCGGACACCCUGGAGAAGCCGAGAGCCUCUCCUCUGGCGGGAGCGCCGGCCAGCGCCAGCCAGACGCCAGACAAACCCAAGAGCGCGAGCGAGCACCGCAAGUCGUCCAAGCCCAUAAUGGAGAAGCGGCGAAGAGCUCGGAUCAAUGAGAGUUUGGGCCAGCUCAAGACCCUUAUCCUGGACGCACUAAAGAAAGAUAGCUCCCGCCACUCGAAGCUGGAGAAGGCAGACAUCCUAGAAAUGACUGUCAAGCAUCUGCGGAGCCUGCAGAGGGUCCAAGUGACAGCUGCCCUCAGCGGUGACCCGAGCGUCCUAGGCAAAUACCGCGCCGGCUUCAAUGAAUGCAUGAACGAGGUGACCCGCUUCCUGUCCUCCUGCGACGGGGUCACUUCAGACGUGCGCUCUCGCCUCCUGAGCCACCUUGCCGCCUGCCUCAACCAGCUCGGACCCGUGCGAUACACGCCUCCCGGAGUUGGCCAGCCCUCGCAUCUGUCUCAACCGCUGCACGUCCAGCUGCCCGGGACCGCCGCUACCGCUUCUGCCCAGUGCAAAAUGAGCCCGGCUGGUGCCUUGUCGCCCAAAGUGUACGGCGGCUUCCACCUGGUGCCCGCCCACGACGGCCAGGCUGUAGCUUUCCUCAUCCCCAACCCCGCCUUCGGGCCUGCCCCGGGCUCGCUGCUCCAGACCUACCCCAGUGCUGCAGCGGCUGGGGGAGGUCCAGCCACCGGGGCAGCGCUGGCAGGCGCCCCUCCUCCCCCUGCAGCCGGUGGCGCCACCAGCUCGCCGGUGCACGGCCUCACCUCCCUGGGAGGCAGUGGGCCGCGAGCGGGCAGCCCCGCGGAGGACAGAUGUGAACCUGUCUGGAGGCCGUGGUGAGCCGUCGCAGCCGCUGUCAAACCUCUCUUGCUCAGACUUUGCCGGGAAUGAAGAGGUGCUGCCACCCCCCAGGCCCGCCCUUUCUCUGAGGGAAGCCUCUCUUGUCCAGUUAGUUCCGUUUUAUGGGACGCUCGAGUGUGUCAGGCAGACGAGACUUAUUUAUUUCCACAGGCUGGAGUUACCGCAUCGUCGAGUCGUGACUUGUUCUUAGUAUCAAUGUUUUUUACAUAAAUGCCUUCUUGGAAACUGAAAAGGUCCCUCGUUUUUGUAGCUGCCGCCGCCGACCUUAGACCCCCAGCUAGCAACACGUAGCUCGGUGGGCUGGGUCUUAAUUUGGUCAGGUCUGCCUCGGGGUUCCAGCCGCAGCCCGUGUUCCUGUGAAACAGCCCCUAAUUGGGGCCGGGGUGGGGGUGGGUGGGAGAUGGUGACAAAAGGAGAGGGGAAGCAACUUCCUGGGAUCACCCGGCUUAACUUCUUCCCGCCACCUUUUCCUUGCCCCGCCCCUUGCCCGCCUCUAGAAAGAGUGGGAUUGGUGUAGAGACGUGCCCCUUGCUUCCCUCACCCCCCCCUUCCCAGUGGGAUCUCGAGAAGCGCCCACAGAACGACGUAAGCUAUGGUGUAGGGGUGAGGGGUGGGAAAUGAGAGAGCCCGGUUUUGCAUCCCUUUGAAAAAUAAAAGAGACGGGAGUAUUAUCUUUA